AUGGAUAUCGACAAGAAUGGCAUACUGAGCAAAGCGGAAGUGAAAAGUUGCCUCCUUGCUUCAGGAUUUGAUAAAAAGUUCGUAAAGGUACGCGGGUUUACUUGCAGAUCCUAGGAGGUUUUAUUUCAAGCCAAAUAUCCGUUUUCCAUCUCUUUUUAAACCUCACUUUUUGGAAGGAAUACUUUUUUGCAGUGCAGUAUGUCUGCUUAAGUUCAAACCUGCCGCCCUGAAAGGCUCUGUAAAUAGUCUGAAACAUCAGAACUUUCAGUGAAGAAAAUCUGUCGAAAGUGAGUUGCAGAUGCGUCAGAAUGUACCCUUAAUAUACAGCCGAAAUGCAUGUGUAUUAUGUCAACAUUAAACUGGCCUAAAUGUUUUUUCGACCUUACCUUCGUUUGUUCAAAAUUAUCUCUUAUACACAGACUUCCGAGAAACACUGUGUUGUAGUCGACUACAAUAUCAACCAACUGCCCUUCGUAAACGCACUACUGCUAUAUUUAGUCCUUGGAAAAUUUGCUUUGCCUGUAAUAUAAGAUGACUGAUUGACGAUCUGUUCUAAUUGUGCGAUGACACACAGUGCUUUCCGGUCCAGCCAAACGUCUGACAACGUUUCAACUAGACAGGAUGCCUCGUGUGCCCCGUCCGGUUUCUUUCGUUUAACGUUAUUUCUUUAGUUUGAUCGAUGCAUUAAUCGAGCAAUUGUGGAUCACCCAUUAUCAGCAAACACGAGGGGGUGGCGAUUCAGAAAUCUUUUGAACGGAUGGAGAUACGCUAACGGCGAACGGUUAUUCUGGUGACUUCAAGGGUAUGCAUCAGUGACGAAAGCCUUAACAGCGAAGCCACUGUCUGAUGUCUCAUCCCGAGAUGACACAGAUAGAAGAAUGCAUUUCAGGGUAAUACUGGCAUAAUUAAAUGCUGUCAUGCAGAAGUGGAGAAGCUUAAACGUUUGUUGCUGAGGGGUUGGAGCCUUCUACACACAUUUUGAUUCGUAUCCUUUAAACUGCGCAAAGUUUGCAGAUCAUGACCGAAAGUUCGCAAAGUGAUAACAGGGAGAUAUUGGCAGAAAUGUGCUGUUUGCUCUGAGCUUCAAAAAAUGAACAUUUUAAGAUACUUAAAGGAAUUUUUAGCAAGUUUUUGCUACAUAUAUGGAAAUGGGCCGCUAAGGGCUUUUAAGUAUUUCACUGAUAUUUCCCUUUAAGCGUGGACCUGGAAAGGAUCUUGCUCUCGGUGGUCAACGAAAUAAAGUUGAUUCAUCUUUUUUUAGAAAAACAGGGAUAACUCUACAAAGGCAAAAAUCUGUUUCCUUGGGCUCUAUUGAUCAAAAGAUAAUUACGAGGUCGACCGAACAGUGAAGACCCUAUAAGAGCCCCAGGGUUCAAAUGUACAACCACUUAUAUGUGUAAAUUAAAACUGCCACUGAGGUGGACUGCAAACUUCCGUGACAUUUAUGUUAACGGCGAUAUGUUUUUGAAUACCAGCACAAAUUGCCGCCACGAAUGCAUGGCCACUGUGCGGUACCCAGAAGCAUUAUUGAUAUUUUCUUUCAUACAGCGCGUCUCAUCUGUCGCGCAUGCGCUCCAUUCAUAUGAAACUCUGAGGCUCGUAAAAAGCACUUUUUUUGGGAUUCCUUCACAACGCUGAAGGUCACCCGGAAAAAUGUGUUUAAAGUACAUGAUGCAAUGUGUAUGAUUUGAAGGAAGGUCUUUGUGGAUAGAUUGCUAGCAAAAGUAAUCAGAACAAUUAGUAGGCGACACCGGAGUUAGCGGUUAUGCACAAUGCGAAAAAUUCACUGCUGGAAUCUAAUAAAGCCUUUCCCUGUCUUAAACUCCUAGGUGUCUUAUAUAACAAAGUACAAUAGCAUAAGUUUAGUAUAAGUAUAGUUUACUGCUAGUUGUUCAUCUGCAAUACACUGAUUAACCGAAAAAGAAGGAUGGUCGAACACCGGAACAUUUUGUUCAUUGUUCUGAGUGUCCGAACUUGUUUUGCGUUCUUGGCCAAGCCACUGAGUAUUCGGAACUCAGGUCAUUGGUUUUAGGCCUCACAAGAAUUGGCGAGUCGAGGUUUUUCUUUUCUAGAAUAAAAUUUGAAGUGCUGCUAAAACAUGCUGGCUGAAUUGAAGUGGAAUUGAGCUUGGAAAACAUUUAUAAACCGUAACGAUAGCACCGCUUCUAUUUUUUCCCACUGCAGACACAAACCUGAAAAUAUGUUUUUUCACUUAAAGCUAGCAAUAUUCUGUCCUUUAAAAGUAUGCACUCAGAAGAUGCACGCUGAUCGGUGGAUGAUGCAAUCAGAAAGUCUUCUAAUUAUUUAUUUUUUAUCUAAUUUUUUCCAUGAAAAAACUGGGAGGUUCGGAUAUGCUGGUGUAUCUUCGCUAUACUGUAAAUGCCAGGAAAUGAUCAUGACCACUGCUCGGACGGAAAAAGAGUCAGAUGGGGUUAUGCAGCCCCGCCUGGAGUAAACAAACCCCAGCCACCUGUAAUACGGGACCAGUGAUAAUAGGAGUUUUUACAGGUGAGGCUGGGGAACGCACAGGCGUCGAGGUCAAGUGGUUGUAUACAAAAGAAUAGCUAUUGGGAAGGCACGGUUGUACUUUGAAUGGUUGAGAGAUAGUUUCCCUAACCCUAACCUUGGUCAUAACCCCUAACGCUAACCCCUAAACCUAACCAAUCCCCUAACCCUCACUCCUAACCCCAACCCCAGCAGUACUGUGCCCAUCCGUUGGGGCUACAUAAUCACAUCUUAUCGGAAAAGGUUGAAUAAUAUCAAAGGUUCCGGAUAUCCAUUCAAAGUUAUAUGAGCUGACGCUAUAUAUCUAUUUCAAGAUCAGGAAACCACAAGUCCACAACCGGUGGUUAUUAUCCAAAUAACGAAAUGGAAGACACUGAAAAAGGCCUCAUCUUUUAUUCUUACAGAAGUUCCUUAGUACCUUCGACGCAGAUGGAGAUGGAAACAUUACAGAGGACGAAUAUCUUCGCGUAGUAUGUACAGUUCCGAGAAGGGAAAAACAGUAAGAAAAUGUUAUUUAUUAUAUCUUUAAUGAUCUUCACAAAAUGGAGUUUCACUUCAAAAAAACUGAGACUAUAAUUUUUUAUCUAAUUUCCUUUUACUCGCAUGUCUUUCUCUUCUUUCUUCUUUCUCUAUUUAUCUUAAGUUUUUGUCCUGCCAUUUUUGAAGAGUACACAUUUCCCUUCGUUUUGUAAAUUAACCUUGCCGCAGUUUAUGUGGGUCUGCUCGAAUUAUUGGACAUUUGCGCCUUAAUUACUUUGCAUGUAGACGCAGAUUACGAUUCGUAUAAACGAUUUUUGAAGGACUGUAUUUUAUGCAUGCUAGUUGCGAAGUAAAUAGCCAGUAGGUUUCCUGGUUACUGACCAAAUUGCGUUCAAACACUUGGGUAGGCAUAAUCUCCUGCCCAAUGAUAAAAUCUUCCAAUUAUGCGGUAAGUAGGGGUUGAAGCGAGAACUAUUAAGGUCAGUAAAUUCUUCUCACCUGGCUAACCAUCUAUUUCAAAAAGCCAGAACGGGUUCUUCCGACCUCCGUUCGUCCGCAACACUUUUGGACACCACACUUUUCUCAUCCAUCGUCAAUCUGACAUUGUCUUCUGUAAGAAUUACUAGUUUUUCAUUAGUAUCCGGUGCUCUGUCGGUCUUAUUUGGCCUAAUUAAUCUUGCCACCUUCUGAAAAACGUCCUUUCCAUAAUCUUUCAGGUUAGCCUUCUGGAAGAGCGUCUUUGAUGAUGUUGACAAAGACAAGUCCGGCAAGAUAUCCUGCUCAGAGUUAAUGAUCCUGCUAAAGGACAUGAACUUCGACUGCAAGCUGAGUGAACUGCAAGAGUGGGUAAAACGGCACGAUCAAGAUCUAGAUGGGGAAAUGAACUUCGAGGAGUUCAUAAACUUGAUGAACGAAGGCCCUAUGUAA